AUGCGUGUCGUUUGGGAUUUAUCUGUGAUUUUACACACAUAUAUCAUCUGCACGUCAUCAGCUCAGCCUAUUACAUCCAAGCUUGAUGAGGGUUGGUGGGCGUAUAAGGACGUUGUCCAGGAAAGCUUUGUUCCAGUCCCAUCCUUCUGGGGUUUGGUGAACUCAGCCUGGAACCUGUGCACCAUAGGCAAGAGGCAGUCUCCCAUCGACAUCGAAACCAGUCACAUGAUCUUUGACCCCUACCUGACCCCUCUGAGGCUCAACACAGCUGGACGCAAGAUGGGAGGCACCAUGUACAACACAGGGAAGCAUGUGUCCCUGCGGCCGGACAAAGCCCACCUGGUGAACAUCUCGGGGGGCCCGCUGGGUUACAGCUACCGGCUGGAGGAGGUCCGCCUCCACUUUGGGAGCGAGGAUACCCAGGGUUCAGAGCACCUUCUCAAUGGACAGGCCUUUCCUGGAGAGGUCCAGCUGAUCCAUUAUAACCAGGAUCUAUAUGCCAACUUCAGUGAGGCAGCCAAGAGCCCUCAUGGCAUCGCUGUGGUCUCCAUCUUCAUAAAGCUCUCUGAAAACUCCAACGCCUUCCUCAACCGCAUGCUCAAUAGAGACACAAUCACCAGAAUCAACUACAAACACGAUGCGUUCCUAUUGAUGGGCCUGAACAUAGCUGACCUUUACCCUGACACCACGCGUUACAUCACUUACGAGGGCUCCAUCACCGUCCCUCCCUGCUACGAGACAUCCACGUGGAUACUCAUCAACAAGCCUGUCUACGUGACACAGAUGCAGAUGCACUCCCUGCGCCUCCUCAGCCAGAACGAGCCCUACAAGAUCUUCAUGAGCAUGAGCGACAACUCCCGGCCCACCCAGCCCCUGUUGCAGCGCUGCAUCCGAACCAACAUCAACUUCAGCAAGCAGGGCCGCAACUGCCCCAACAACCGCGCCCUCCGCCCACAGUACAGAGUGAAUCAGUGGCUCCUGAAGUAGGAGAUAAAAAGAUGUCGAGCCACAGCGCCACAAGAAGAGAGGCAGAGAUGCCUUUGAGUUUAUUUCACACUGCCGAUCCGAGCUGAGCUGAACAUCGCCUG